AUGACUUUCACCUUCAGAGCUCUGCUGUGCCUGGGGACCUUCCCUAAGCCUGUACUCAGAGCACAGCCAGAUCUCAUGGUCUCCAAACAGACUAAUGUGACCUUCUUGUGUGAGGGUACAACAGGAGCCAAAGAGUACUCUAUCUACAAAGAAGGAAGUCAAUAUACAUGGUUCACACAGAUUCUCCUAAAGCCUGGGAACAAGGCUGAAUUCUCCAUCUCAAAAACUGACCAGCACCACGCAGGGAGAUAUCAAUGUCGCUAUCAGACCCAUGAUGGAUGGUCUGAGUACAGUGAGUCCUUGGAGCUUGUGGUGACAGGAGCACACAGUAAACCCAGCCUGUCAGCCCAGCCCAGCCCUGUGGUGACUGAAGGAGGGAAUGUCACCCUCCAAUGUGACUCAUGGCAGGAAUAUGACAGGUUCAUUCUGAUUAAGGAAGGACCACAGAAGCUCUCCUGGAUGCUGGACUCACAGUAUAAUUCCUCAACUGGACGAUUCCAGGCCCUGUUCUCUGUGGACCCUGUGACCUCCAGUCAAAGAUGGACAUUCCAAUGCUAUAGCAAUAAUCUGAGCAUUCCACUGGUGUGGUCAGAACCUAGUAAUCCCCUGGAGCUCCUGUUCUCAGGGACCCUCCACAAACCCAUCAUCAAGGCUGAGCCAGCUGUGAUUGCCUCAGGAAGCCCCAUGACCAUCUGGUGUGAGGGGACCAUGGAUGCAGAAAUAUGUGUCCUGCAUAAAGAAGGAAGCCAAAAACCCUGGGGCAAACAGACGCCGGAGAAGCCUGAGAACAAGGCCAAGUUCUCCAUCCCUUCUGUGACACAGCAACAUGGGGGACAAUAUCGCUGUUACUGUUACAGCUCAGCUGGCUGGUCAGAGCGCAGUGACAUCCUGGAGAUUGUGGUGACAGGAAUCCACUGGGACAAACCAAGCCUGUCAACCCUGCCAGGCCCUGUGGCAAACUCAGGAGGAAACAUGACUCUCCAGUGUGUUUCAUAUAUGGCAUAUGACAGGUUCAUUCUCACCAAAGAAGAUGAAAAGUUCUCCAGCUCUCUGGACACACAGUAUAUACACCAUAAUGGGCACUACCAAGCCAUGUUCUCUAUGGGAAGCUACAGGUGCUAUGGUUCUCGAAACUCAUCACCAUACCUGUUGUCAUAUGCCAGUGCCCCCGUGGAGCUCACGGUCUCAGGACCCAUUGGAGCCUCCAGCCCACCACCCUCAAGUCCCAUGACAUCAGCUGUGGAUGAUAUUCACAUCUCAUCCUCUGGCUUCGACCAACAGAGCCUUGAAGAGGCUGGUUCUUUGGGGAAUAGUCAGUUGGUGAAGAAGUUGUGUGAACCUUGGCAUCUGUAUUGA